GCCUCUAUUUUUUUUAUAUUUAAAAAAAAUAAUAAUUUAUAUUUUUAUAUAAAUUAUAGAAGUCUUAACAAGAUUUUUAUUAAAAAUUAUUAUUCUUUAUCUCUUAUUUCAGAGAUUCUUGAUAGAGUCUCAGGCAGUAAAUAUUUCUUAAAAAUUAAU